AUUUUUACACACACUGUCCUCAAUUUCAAACAUCCAUAAUGGCAAUUUUCAAAUCAACACAAUCGCCUUUUGGUUGGCCCCUCCUCCAAUUUCCUCACACCCCUUUCCCCACCCAUUUUCCCCAUCGCAAUUUCCCCACUCUCUCCCAUUUCCAAUUUACCCAUUCUUCCCCAGCCCACAAUGGCAAUUUUCCCAAUCAAAACUGCGCGGGCCCAUUCCAAAUCGGCCACUCUUUUCAAAUUGCCCACCUUCUCCCAUCAGCAGAAAAAAUCAGUAAAAAAUGUGUAUACUGGCGCUAAACAUAUGUUAUGCAGAAUCAAACCCAAUAGAAACAACAAAAUCUCCAUUUUACAGUAUACCAAUAUGAUUCAACAUUGGGUCAAUUCUGGAA